AUGCCGCUUCUUCCUCUCGCGAACGCGAAUGCCUAUGCCAACUGGGUGCAAGCAAAUGCAAAUGAAGAGGGUUUUGUGAAUGGCAUCUGGAGCUCCAUCCUAAAUACACAUUUUCAGGCGCAAAUUCGAACUCUUAACUAUUCCAUUAAUCCCGAGGUCCACCUGAACCAUGGAUUCACCGAUCUGCUUGUCACCAGCAACAAUCACGUCAUUCCGCCAACUGUGAAGUGGCAGAUCAUCUUCGAGGGAAAAGCUGGGAAUGGCAUGAACUACCAGAAUACGCUCAACCAGCUCGACGGCUAUGCCCAACAAGUUCGGGGAGGGGGAGGAUGGUGUUACCUUAUUGCGGCAAAAGGCGACACUUGCAUGUUCUGGAGAUAUCAGAAGAACUCCUUGGUGUAUCCACGUCCGACAAGAUCGACAGCGGCAAGGGGAAAUCCAAAGAAGCGAACACCAGUAAUGCAGACAUUGUUUCCCUUCCCUCAAUUUCCUACAAUCACCUCCGACGUCCAUCCUCGCUUCGUACUCUACAAUACUGGGAGCAAGCUAAGUAGUGCCAUUUCAUUGGCGUAUGGGCGCGCCAAUCCUCAUUUGCUGUCUACCUUCCGAGACAUCAUCGCUAUAUACAAAGCUUGGACAAGCUCUCAAAUUCCGGAAGAUUUUUACUCGGCAGACCUCCCCCCCAAUACCCGUCCUGAGGAUGACUACCCAGAUAACAAGACAAAUCCUCACCGUGCUGCACCUGUUGGCAAGAAACGCUCAGCCCCGAAGCCCCAAGGUGUUCCAACAAGGCAGUCAAAGAGGGCAAAAACGGGAGGAGGCAAGGAUUGUGGUUGGCUUGAUGAUGCUACCCUCGCUGAGUUAGACCACGACCGAUCGCCGAAGAGGGCUUGGGAAGAGAAGGUUGCUUGGAUUCAAGCAUGGGUGGGAGGUGUCCCGCUGGACGCAAUGGACGUAGAUGAAGUUUCGAUGGAUGUCGAGCAUGAUCAUUUGACGGACAAAUUAGCUGGUCAAGUCCCUGAUUACGCAGCUAGGAUACCGAUCUCCGAACUGUCGUCUUGA